AUGGGAGCAUCUGGGAUUGGGUCUGAGAAAUCCGCGAGAGACGCGCGGCAGCGGAAAGUCAGGGGGAAAGCUGCCGCGGAGGCUGCAGCAGGGGGGGACGGCGGCGGGGGAAAGGGGACGGGGGGAGCACGCGCGGGGAAAGGCGGAGGCGGGGAGUUAGUCGCAACGGUGGAGCUGGGCGCAAGUGGAAGCGGAAACGGAAGCGGAAGCGGAAGCGGAGGGGGGAAUGAAUUGAGGGAUGGUGCAGAGGGCGAGAGGGAUGACGCACCCGCGCAUGGUCCUCUUACCAUUCCUCAAAGAGGAGGUUCGGCGUCCAGCACUCCGGACCGGCAGAGGUUUGGGCCGAGCCAAAGGGGAGGGCUGUUUGAGAGUCCGCAAAUGCAGGGGCGGCCAAGGGGGGGUGAGAUUUCAGCCGACGAACAUGCUGAUGAUGAAGGGAGUGAGGGAGGGAGUGAGGGAGAUGAGGAGGAUGAGGAGGAGGAGGACGACGAGGAGGAGGAGGGUAGUGAGGAGGAGGAUGAUGAUUUUGACGAUGAUGACGAUUACAGUACCACGGACACGAGCACAGGUGGGCCAAUGUUUGAGUCAUUAAAAGGGUCAGACUAUACAGAGGAUGAGGAUGAGGACGAAGAGGAAGAGGAGGAUGAUGAGGAAUCUUCUAGCAUCGCGCAGGCCAAGGCACAACGUGCCGAAGCUGAGCGCCUAGCCGCCGAAGCUGCAGCGGAGGCUCGGGCGCGCGAGCGGGAAGGUUCGGCGGUGCGGGUGGCUCGGGCUGCUGUGGUGGAGAGGAGUCAACUGGUGGGGGUGCUGGAAGGGGAGAGGAGGGAGGCUGAGGCGAGAAUGAGAGAAGCAGCAGAGCAGCACAGGAAGAAGGCAGAGGAGCUGAGAGCGCGUGUGAGGAGAGGAUUCGAGGCGGUGACAGCAGAGAGCCAAUCACACGCUGCCACGCGCAAGGAGCGGGCGGCACGGGAGGCGCACUACGAGACGGAGGCGGCAAGUGGCAUGGCGGCACUGGCUGCCGCCCAGAGAGCUCUAGAAGAGAAGGUUGAGCUUCUAACGUCUGAUUGGUCCACGGUGCACCGGCUGACGGAGGAGAUAGAGCAACUGGAGCAACGGGUUCAGUGGGCAGAGGCCGAGGGAGAGGCAGCGGGAGCAGCAGAGGAAGGGGCAGAGGCGGGGAGGUGGGAGAAGGGGAGAGAGGAGGAGGGAGCAGCUGCGAAUGUAGGGGGCGGAGCAGCUGCAGGAGAAGGAGCAGCUGGCAGGCACGGGGCAGCAGAGGGAGCAGAGGGGGCAGGAUUGGGAGGAGAUGCAGGAGGAGGGAGUGAUGGUGGUGGGACAACGUCUGUCGGUUUGUUGGAGGGGACUUUGCGACAGAGAAGGAAGGAGGUUGCUCUGCUGCGUCAGCAACUGGAGGAUGCUGAGUCAGCAACCGCCCAGCAGCAGGCAGAGUCAGAGGUGGAAUCAAAUCUCCUGUCAAGGCUACAGCAGUUAACGGAGCGGCUUAUAUUGAAGCAGCAGCAAGUAGAGUCCCUACAGAUCGAAAAGUCAACCCUCUCCCUCCGCAUCGAGACGGAAUCCGCCGCCCUGCAAAAGGACAAACACCGCCUGUCCACCUUCCUCAGAAGCGGACGAAACCCCGCGUCGGCAGCUGUCACUGCGCGUUUCCUCGCCAGCACACCGGGCCCACUUGCUGCUGACCUGGCAGCUGCUGCGUCAGCAGCGGAAGCAAGGGCUCUAGAGGAGGGAGGGGAGGAGGGAAUAGAGGGAGACCCGGGGUUUUCAAGAGAGGCCAUCUUGAACCGUUCGAGAAAAUUGACUUUGGCUCAGAGGGAUUUUGGGCUCGGGCCGACGGGGAAUGCGAUUGUGGUGGGAGUUGUGGACACGGUUUUGGGAUUUGAUUCGCUUUUCCUGGGGAGUGCGGGCGGCGUGUUGCGGACUAAUGUGGUUGCGAGGACGAGCUUGUGGGUGUAUUUGGUGGUGUUGCAUUUAUGGGUGGCGUUCGUGUGGCUCAUGCAUUUCCCUCACAAGUUUCGACCACCUCUCGUUACAAUCACAGCCAUGUCUUCCCCGUUACUCGCCGCUAACGUCUACAUUUCCAUCGCGCGCUGCGCGUCUCUCCUCCAAUCGCUCGCCUCCUCUCUCGCCGCCUCCCGCGCGCCAACCAGAAUCCUCCACGUGUUCGAAGACGAGCCGUAUGCGCGAACGGGUGUGACAUUAGCGGGGCCUGCGCGGGAUCUGGAACGGACGGUGAUCCUGCUUUCGGGCCGAGCGAUCGAGACCGUUGAUCUGAGUCGCCACGUCGGCAGCCACCCGUGCAUCGGAGUGUUGGACCACGUGGCACUCCGGCCGCUGCUGCGUGCUGAGCUGGCAGACGCUGCAACGUCAGCGAGAAACGUCGGGCGGAAUCUGGGGCAGCAUCACGGAGUCCCCGUGCACCUGUACGGUGCUGCGAGCCCCACCAACCGCCCUCUGGACGCCAUUCGCCGCGACCUGGGAUACUUCCGACCGCCCGCAGUGCGUUCAGAGACAUCUGGGUUAGCUGAAACCUCUGUCAACGCUGCUGCCCAUCCCGAGCCUCCUUCCAUACCUCCUCCCGAGCCUCUGUCCACACCUCCCGAUUUGGGGCCCCUCCACCCGAACCCUCUCAAGGGCAGAGUUGCAGUUGGCGCCGCUCCGUGGGUGUACAAUUACAACAUACCCAUCCAAACCCCCUCCCGAGUCACCCAAACCACCCUGGCAGCGGCUAGAAGGGUGGCUAGGAGAGUGAGUGAGAGGGGAGGAGGGGUGGUGGGGGUACAGAGUAUGGCUUUAAUGCAUGGGGACAAGUGUGUUGAGAUAGCUUGUAAUAUAUCGGAGCCUGACGCGCCAGCUACUGGUUUAUCGGAGUGUGAUUCGCCAGCAGCACCGGUGAAAGGGGCUUUGAAGCCUGACGCAGCGGCAGCAGCACUGCAAGUGCAGAGAGCAGUGGAGGAAGGGGUAGAGAGAGAGGGAGCGCUGGGGCAGACAGCAGUGAAGAGGGUGGGAGACAGGGCAUGGGACGGUUGGAGGAGGCAGGGUGGCUGA